UAGUGCCAGAGAUGCCAUCACAGUGCCAUCACCUUAACACAUUUCCUUCCAUCGUUACAGAGAACACAGCCGGGUGAAGACAAUGCGAUUCUCCACGUUGGUCACGCUACUCGUCCCCAUCCUGGCCUCUGAUCUGGUCCAGCAGGAGGGGGACCUGACCACAGAGGACCUACUAUUCACAGACGGUCAGCAGUACGACCCUGACCAGCCCUUCUUCGACGUGGAGGAGUCGUCGAACGUGACAGCUCUCCUGGGCAAGACGGCCAUCCUCAACUGCAGGGUUAAGAACAUUGGCAAUAGGACGGAUCUCCCAGACACUGUUAUCUCAGGAUCCAAGAGUCUCUCAUCAUACGGGGAUUUGGAUUAUCACCUACAACAACAAGUAUCAUGGAUCCGUCACCGCGACAUACACCUACUGACGGUGGGCAGGUUCACCUACACGUCAGACGAGCGUUUCUCAGCCCGGCACACAGCGGGGUCUGAGGACUGGCUGUUGAUGAUCCACUACCUGCAGGAGAGAGACGCUGGCAUGUACGAGUGUCAGAUCUCCACUACACCUCCACAGAGUCACCAUAUACACCUGUCUGUUGUAGAGACAGAGACAGUGAUCGUGGGAGGACCAGACGUGUACAUCAACACUGGCAGUCGCUUAGCUCUGACCUGCAGUGUUAGCAUGCCAGAGCCUCCUGCCUUCAUCUUCUGGUACCAUGACGACAAGCUGGUGAGUUACGAGAGGACGCGUGGCGGAGUGGUCGUGUCGACGGAGAAAGGGGUCGUCACCACCUCACGACUCCUGGUACAGUUCGCUGAGACGCGACACACAGGCGUCUAUACCUGUUCACCCGCUAACUCCAAGCCCAAGAGUGUCAACGUUCACGUGAUUGCAGGGGACCAGCCGGCAGCCAUCGUGCACGAGAACAGCGGCCUGGGACUGGUGGCUACGCUCACUCUCCCCCUCUCACUCACUCUCACAUUCCUCUCCACCCUCCUGCUCUCCCUCCUCCUCUCAUAAUACUCUUUCACCCCCCUCUCUCUCUCCCUCACUUUCAUCCCAUUCCAAACCUC